GGUAGCCACAUUUUCACAUUGUAAUAAUCGUACCUUUGCAAUAUUCCAUCGUAGUGUUAAUUGCGACUAGUACCUAGAACUUACGAAGUCCGCAUUCCAAUAAUUGUUCAUUAUCAAUUUAAAAUGUUAAAGAACUUAGACAAUGAAAGCAAAAUACAAAUGAGACAGAAUAUUAAACAACAUCGACAAAAACUACUUCAAUAUUUAGAAAAUACUGAUGAUAUUUUUUUAAAACCUAAAAUAAAAUUAAUUACAAAUGAUAUAGAAAAAUCUAAUUUAAAUCACAAUGUUAAAUCAAAAAUUGCAUCUAGUGCUAAGUUGCUAACCCCUAAACUUGAACCAACCAUUAAUAUAAUAAACCAAAAUUCUAGUUCUACUGUUAGGACGAAAAAAUACAAACCUGUGAUUAAUAUUAAACAAAAACAUCAUGAAGUUUUGACAGAUAAUGAAACAAAAAACUACAAAAUUAGAUCAAAUGUUACUAUGAAUCAACUUGAACAACCAAUUAUCAAAGUAAACAAACAAAAGGUGCUUCCUUUAUCAAAUGUUGAGUUUCAACUAGAACCUAUACCAAACAUUAAAAUAGAAGAGCCUAAAUCUCCAACUUUCAUCAUAAGAAAACUCAGAGAGGAAUUAAUAGAUGAGGAAAAUUGUGAUAUCGAGACUUCUGAAGAUUUGGAUGAUGAUAUUUCUGUUGGAUAUGAAGAUUGUUGKGAUGAUGGAGAUAUUCAAACACACAUUAAGAGUGAAAUACAUAAGAAUGACAGCAGCAAUUCAAACAUUAUAAAAGAUGCUAAAUAUAAUUACCGUGAAAACCCGGCUUAUGAAGAACCAUACAUUGAUAAUUCAACCAAAAAUCUUUCAACUAAAAGAUAUUCCCGAUUAAAGCGGACUGACCCUGAAGUCAGGUUUAAACUUAAUGCUUCAGAACGAGAAUGCAGAAAAAACUUAGCAAACCUGUUUUAUAAUUUGAAAGAAAUAUGCAGUUAUUUGAAAAGUAGUAGACGCAUUCCAUCUAAGGUAAGCAUUCUAUUGGCUGCUAAAAAAGAAUGCAAUUUGUUAAGAUAUUUUGAGGAAAAUAUGAUCAAAGAAAAAAAAGAAUGGUAUUUAGCAAAUGAAAAUCUGAAGCGUAAGAUAGCAAAUAUUAAGAAGACAAUAAUUUAGUAAGCUUAAAUUGAUUAUGUAAGCUUUAAAAAUAUUAUGAUAAUUUUGUUUAUGUA